AUGCAUAAAGUCACAUCAAAACAUAAAAAGAUGUCGUGGGCGUGUGACCAGACGGUUAUCCCCAACAUAGUGGACAGUUACCAGACGGCAGGGUCUCUUUUUGCUCUAACUCUGCAAAGUUUCUUUGCAGCGCAAUGUGCACUUGUAGGGGAUCAUCUUUGGCCAGCUGACGUCACAGAGGAAGUUCUUAAAGAUCCAAACUAUGACUUUAUAGUAUUAGGGGCUGGAGCGGCGGGUGCAGUUGUAGCUAAUAGACUCAGUGAAAACCCAGAAUGGAAAGUUUUACUUGUGGAAGCCGGAGGAAACCCAAAACUAAGUACUGAGAUACCACCAUUAUUCUAUAGUAACUUGGGCACCUCAGUAGACUGGGACCAUUACAGUCAACCUCAAGAAGGCGCCUGUAGAAGCUAUAAAAGAAAAGGAUGUGCCUGGCCACAAGGAAAAGUCAUGGGAGGUAGCAGCAGCAUUAACGGUAUGUACUAUGUUAGGGGUAAUAAAGCUGAUUACGAUGGAUGGGCAGCUAGUGGUAACAGUGGUUGGAGUUUUGAAGAAGUUCUACCAUAUUUCAUUAAGAUUGAAAAUUUCACUGGAGAUAUAACUGAAGAGAAUCAAAAAUACCAUGGCCGUAACGGACCUGUUAAUAUUGUACAAGAAACAGAGCCAACACCUGAGGAAGAUAUAAUAAUUCAAGCUGCAACAGAACUAGGUAUAAAGCAUUUAAAUGAAAUUAAUGGCGCGGAUCAAAUGGGAACAACCGUGACGGCAAAUAAUAUUAAAGGUAAUUAUAGAGUCAGUACAGCUAGGGCAUACUUAAGUCCAAUCAGACAAAGAAAAAAUCUUCAUGUGAUGCAACAUGCCUAUGCAAUUCAAAUUUUAUUUACACCUGGGACAAAUUCAGUUAGUGGCGUCCUAAUUAAUAAAGAUGGGAAAAAUAUAACAGUCAAUGCUAAAAAAGAGGUAAUUACAUCAUGCGGUGCUGUUAAAUCCCCACAACUUCUAAUGCUGUCAGGUUUGGGCCCCAAAGAACAUUUAGAAGAAAUGGGUAUUGAUGUGAUAGCUGAUUUACCCGUUGGUAAAAACUUACAGGAUCAUGCCUACGCACCCAUAUUUUAUUCAAAGCUAGACGUUGAAAACUCAAUAACUCUGUCUGCUGUGACUCAGUCACUUGCAGAUUAUAUGCUAAAAGGCUCUGGUUUAUUUAAAGAUACAAGGUCAAAUAGAGUAAUUACUUUUAUAAAUACUACUGAUCCUACAUCAUCUGUACCCGACAUACAGUUUCAUCAUUUAGUUUUACCGCCAAGCUCUUCUGAUUUGGUAGAUAUUUACUACAAGCAUGGAUUAUCUGAAGAGUUUCACGAAAAAUUCCUUAAAAUCAACAAAGAAAAAACUGUUAUUACAUCGUAUUCAGUACUUUUGCAUCCAAAAUCUAAAGGUAACAUAACUUUAGCGAGCAAAAACCCUUUUGACAAACCUUUAAUAUUCGCAAAUUAUUUUGAAGACCCUGAAGACAUGGAACGAAUUAUAAGUUCGAUGAAACAAUAUUCUUUAAACCUAGGCAAAAGCAAAUCUUUCCUGAACGCUGGAUUUGAAAUAGAGUGGGUUGAAUUAGAAGCAUGUAAGGAAUAUGUAAAAGCCAGCGACGAACAUUUGGAAUGCAUAAUAAGGGAGUUGACGUUUUCACUAUACCACCCAACCAGUACCGUUAAAAUGGGCCCAGAAAACGACCCGACAGCGGUGGUAGACAAUGAGCUUAGGGUUCGGAAAGUGACGGGUCUAAGAGUAAUUGAUGCUAGUAUCAUGCCCAGCAUUAUCAGUGGGAACACUAAUGCACCAUCCAUUAUGAUUGGUGAAAAGGGAGCUGACUUGAUAAAACAAUCUUGGUUAUAA